GUGGAGGAUUAUCGCUCUCAAGCUUUCACUGGAAAAGCAACAGGUGGCAAGGCUGUCUUCCGCAUUGCCUUUAUUGUAACUUGGUCAACAUUUCGGAUUUUUGGAGAGAUGUAGGAACUGCAGAGAGGACAGGAGGGACUGGAAAAAAAGACAAUAAUAAGGAUUAAAGAUGGGUGGCUUCAACAGUUUACCUUACCUGGGAGUGUUGGUCAUGGCAGUGAUUGGCAACAAGAUGUUGGAUGAGUGUCUGUCGUCCAAACGUAAAUUCGCCAUGAAUGUUGUGCUGCUGGAAGAUAACACUUACGAGUGGAGUCUGCCCUUCGUGAAGGCUGCGGUGCAGCGAGCCAUUGAAGAGGACACGAUGGAAAACGAGAAAAAUAAUUUAAGCUUUGUUUUGACGGCUACCUACGAUGGAUUCAACACCACCGUCUACAACCGGCAGGGGUGUGGAAGCAGCACCUGUGAGGGCGUGGCCAUACUCAAGAGGCUGCAUAAUACUGGUCGUAACGGAUGUGUCAUGCUGGGCCCUUCCUGCACUUAUGCCACCUACCAGUUAGUAGACGAUGAAAUCGGCCUGACUCUGAGCAUUCCCAUCAUCUCCGCCGGGAGCUUCGGCCUCUCUUGCGACUACAAACCUAAACUGACUCGGCUCUUGCCACCGGCACGCAAGAUCUCCAAUAUGUUCUCCCACUUUUUCAAGGAUAAGUUGCCAUUCAAAGAUGAGUGGAAGCAUGUUUACGUCUACAAGAAGUCGGUCUAUAAUGCAACUGAGGACUGCUUUUGGUACACCAACGCACUUGAAGCACCAUCGGCCAACUUUGCCACAACGAUAAAGAGAGAGAUGCUACGUUCUGAGGAAGACUUGAAGAACGCACUGCUGUCAGACAAAAGACACAGUAACAUUUUCAUUGUUUGUGGCCGCCUCGAUGACAUUAUUUCAAUCAAGGCCAAAAUUGACCCCAUUCACCCGGACAUCAUGUUCAUUCUCAUGGACAUCUACAAUCCUGAAUAUUAUGUCAAUAGCACAUCAACUCCGGGCAUGCAGAACGUCCUGGUCAUUACACUCCCACAAAGGAACUACGAUUACGGAUCUGGUUUACCCUACAAUGACACUAUCAAUGACUUUGUCGCCGGCUAUCAUGAUGGUGCGCUACUGUUCGGUAAAGUGCUUAGGGAGAGGAUGCUCAGUCAGCAGAAUAACUCUGGUAACCGAAGAGCUGAUGACGUCCCACUCAGUGACAACCCAUUCGGGAACGUCUCCUUUGACGGCAUGGCAGGCCACUACGUGUUGGACGAGUACGGCGACAGAGACGUUAACUUCUCCAUGAUUUACACAUCUACCGAUACUGGCAAGUAUGAGAGACUGCUUGUAUUUGACACUUCGAGAAAUAAAACCAUAGACGUGACCAAUAAUCCUGCUCUGCCUUGGAAAGGAAAUCGCCUGCCUCCAGAUGUACCAGAAAAUUUAGAUGUCUUGGGCAUGCAGGAUGUGAUCGUGAUCGUUCUGAGUCUCAGCGUUGUCGUGGUGACCGCCAUCGCCCUCAUCUUUUACAAGCAGAACAGAAAAGAGCGUCAGAUGCAGAAAAAGUGGUCACACAUCAACUCCCACCUUAUUGGACCGUUGGAUGAAAAGGAGGUUUCCUUAAAGAUAGAUGAAGAUAAGAGGAAGGACAGUACUUUCUUCUCACGUCGAGGCCGCUAUGACAAGAAGCCAGUUAUCCUGAAAGAACUGAAACACACUGACGGAGACUUCACAGAAAACCAGAAGAUUGAGCUCAACACUCUGCUGCAUAUCGAUUACUACAACCUGACUAAAUUCUACGGCACAGUGAAGAUUGAACAUGGUGUGUUUGGCGUGUUUGAGCUGUGCCAGAGAGGCUCCCUCAGGUACAUCCUGAAUGACAGAAUCUCCUACCCAGAUGAAACCUUCAUGGACAUGGAGUUUAAAAUAUCAGUCAUGUAUGAUAUAGCAAAGGGCAUGUCUUAUCUCCACUCUAGUAACAUUGCAGUGCAUGGGCGCCUCAAAUCCACCAACUGUGUCGUUGACAACCGUAUGGUGGUAAAGAUCACCGAUUUCGGCUGCCACACCAUCCUGAGGCCGGGACGCGAUGUAUGGACGGCUCCGGAACAUCUCCGGAAAGACGGGAUUUCUCAAAAAGGAGAUGUAUACAGCUAUGGCAUCAUCGCACAUGAAAUAAUUCAGAGGCGGGCUCCUUUCUACACACCGUGCGGCUCCAGUCGUGCAGAGAAGAUGUAUCGGGUGCAGUAUCCCAGUGGGUUGGGAGUCUUUAGACCAGAACUCAGCUUUGAUGGUGUGUCGGAGAAAGAUAUUGAGUUGCACAUGCUGAUAAAGAACUGCUGGGAUGAAGAUCCAGAACGGAGGCCAGAUUUUAAGAAAAUCGAGUUAACCCUGGGUAAGAUUUUCAGCAACCUGCACAAUCAAGCCACAGAAACAUACAUGGACAACCUCAUCCGCCGCCUCCAGAUGUAUUCCAAGACUUUAGAGAAUUUGGUGGAGGAGAGAACAUCUUUGUACAAGGCUGAGAGAGACAGAGCAGAUCGUCUCAACUUUAUGCUCCUUCCUGGACCGGUGGUGCGGUCGCUGAAGGAGACAGGCCGAGUGGAGCCGGAGCUCUAUGAAGAGGUGACGGUGUAUUUUAGUGAUAUUGUGGGAUUCACCACACUGUGCCACUACAGCACUCCCAUGGAGGUGGUUGACAUGCUCAAUGAGAUCUACAAGAACUUUGACAGCGUCCUUGACCACCAUGAUGUUUACAAGGUUGAGACCAUCGGGGAUGCGUACAUGGUAGCGUCAGGUUUGCCUAAACGCAACGGCGACAGGCACGCAGUUGACAUCGCACACAUGGCUCUUGACAUUUUGUCAUUUGUUGGGACGUUUGAGCUGCAGCACUUGCCCGGAAUUCCUCUGUGGAUACGUAUUGGUGUGCAUUCAGGACCUUGUGCUGCUGGAGUGGUGGGGAACAAGAUGCCCCGCUACUGUCUGUUUGGCGACACAGUCAACACAGCAUCUCGAAUGGAGUCUACUGGGCUGCCUCUAAGAAUCCAUGUAAGUCAGUCCACCAUCAAAAUCCUACAGAGGACUGAUUGUAACUUUGAGUAUGAGCAGAGAGGAGAGACGUAUCUGAAGGGUAAAGGCAAAGAGAUGACUUACUGGUUAACUGGAGUGACUGGAGGCAAAUAUAAUCUACCCAUACCACCAACAGCGGAGAACUUCCAGCGACUGCAGCAGGACCUGGCAGAGAUGAUCGUAUCCAGUUUGGAAAAGCGUGGUAAAGGCAGAGAGAGCUUCGAAAACAGGAAAACUUUGUCCACCAGAAGGAGAGAAACCAACACAAGCCUUCAGGGGGAGAGCUCCCCGGAAUACUUCCACCUGGCUGUCACUGAUAAUCCCAGCACUUAUCUGUGAUGACAUAGUAGUCAUAGUUUCAGAUACUAGCAUCCACAUCUGUUUGAAUGAACGCUGCUAAAAUUCUUUGGACAGAGCUGCAGUGACUCACAUAGGCAUGUGGAAACCGAGACUCGCAAUAUGCCGAUGCGUUGAAGUUGUGGAUUUUUCAACCGCCUUCAGCACGAUCCUUCCUUCUUUUCCAUCAGGCAAUUAUUAAUAUAUUUCGUUUUUGCGUUCGACUGCAUUGUCUGCUCUAAUUGGUCAUUUGCCAUUUGCUUGACUAAAGGAUUACUCAGAAACGGCGGUGGCCGCCGAUUCGUAUUUGGGAUGGGCGCACUUGCAGACGGUACUGAUGCAAAACAUUGAUACUCAGAUAUUUAUUUGUUUUUGCACGACCACAGGUCACCAGAAAUUUGUUGUCAUGAGGUACAUUUAAUAUUGCACUACAAUUGAUAUUAACUGAGUGUAUUUUUGCAUUUUCCUUGGUAACUCAUUGGCUGCCAUUGACGGUGCUAGAUGUCCAAUUCAAUGGAAGUGGGAGGGUUGGCAGGAUUAGGUUCAAAUUGAUUAUAUGUGUGAUACUACUAGUAGUGAUAAACUCUAUUAAAGACAUGUAAUUUAGGUUUUAAUAACUAUAUGAUUGGAGGUUUAUCAUUGUAUAUGGCACUCAAAAAGAGUGCAUUAAAAAUAUUUAGUUUGGGUUUUUUAAAAUUUAUGUAGUAUCGGAAAUGAUAUCGAGUAAUAUUUUGGAGAAUAUCAAUAUCGAGUUGCAAAUUUUAGUAUCCUGACAACAGCACUAUACAUGCUACCUAGCUAUGAAUGACAUUAAAAGCACAUCACGAUAUCAUUUACCGAGGGGACACCAUGUAAGGAAGGAGUACACAAGUAUGACUAUCACUACUGUUAAUACUACUUUUGAAUUUGUGCUAUUAUUGCGAUCUAAGUUUUUUAAUCAUUGUGCAGCCCUACUACCAAAUUUUUCGGACUAUAAAUCGCACCUGAGUAUAAGUCGCACCAGCCAUAAUGCCCAACAAAGAGGAAAAAAACAUAUAUAAGUCGCACCGGAGUAUAAGUCGCAUUUUGGGGGGAAAUUUACUUGAUAAAAUCCUACACAUAGAACAGAUAUGUCAUCUUGAAAGGCAAUUUAAUAUAAAAAUACAAUAGAAAACAACAUGCUGAAUAAGUGUACAGUGUACAGUGCAUGAACAACAAAAUGCGAAUAUACUGUCCUCACCAGGAAGCUACGGCUCAGUCUUGGCUAUACAGUGAGCUAAACUCCCAAAUGACGAUGAUGGACGUCCGUAUAAUUUGCUGAAUCAAUUUCGUCCUCGAUACCAAACAGGUUCGCAUCAACGUAAAUAAAUGAUAAUCAGUUGCUAUUACAGUAAUGACACAAACGGUUAGCAUGCGUUCGCUAGCAUUAGCACAUCGUUCAAACAACCACACAAGUGGUCGAUCGCGGGUGGAAAGCACACAACGACAACAGAAAAGAUGAUACACACAGGCGCUGCCUCUGUAGAGAUAUUUUACAAGCAUAAACAAUGAACGUAGGUUCGCAGCCGUGUAUCUCUCUCUCUCUCUCUCUCCGCCUCUCUGUCUCUUGCCCACUCGCUCAGAGACGCUGCGUAGCUGUCCGUCUUCUUCUGGCGUGUGAGCGCUGUUCUUUGCGUAAACAAGUGCGAGUGCGCCCCCACUUGGGCGUGAAAGCACCACAAACUAAAACCAUGCAUUUCAAUAUAAAAAAGUCAAUAAUCAAUUGAACACACAUUGCCAAAGGCAGACCGCGAACGUGGCCAUAGCUAUUAAGUUAUUCAGAUAACUAUAGCAUAAAGAACAUUCUAACAAGUUUACCAAACCAUCUGUGUCACUCCAAAACACCAACAUAACAUGUGAAAUGAUAUCAUAAUGUGUUAAUAAUUUCACACAUAAGUCGCUCCUGAGUAUAAGUCGCACCCCCAGCCAAACUAUGAAAAAAACUGCGACUUAUGGUCCGAAAAAUACGGUAUACAUAUUUAUAUGAAAUAAAAUAGCCACUUAAAGUGAUCCUCUAACUUUAAUACAUGUAGGCUCUAAUAAACCACAA